AUGCCUGCUGAGCCAGUCUCGCGGAGAGCGACACGUAGCCCGCCGCCCGCCGACGAAGUAUGCGCAAUAUAUGUCCAUGCUGGCGCUGGAUAUCACAGCCAUCAGAACGAGCGGAUUCACCUGGAAGCUUGCAACGAUGCUGCUGCCAUUGGAAUGUGCAUCAUGAAGAACGGCGGCUCCGCGGUAGAUGCUGUAGAAGCUGCCAUCAAGUUGCUCGAGGACCGGGAGAUCACCAACGCUGGCUACGGAAGCAACCUCGCCAUGGACGGAGUGGUAGAAUGUGACGCAUCGAUCGUGGACCACUUUGGCCGCAGUGGCGCGGUCGGCGCCGUAGCUCAGAUCAAAAACCCCAUCUCAUUAGCACGGCUUGUCUACGAGCAUACUAGUAAGACGUUGACCCUGCGACGCGUUCCACCAAAUCUUCUUUGCGCCCAGGGAGCGACUGAGUUUGCCGCGGAACUAGGCAUGCCCGUCCUUCCCCAUGAUGCGCUUGUUUCUCCGGCUGCAAAAGAACGGUGGCUUCGUUGGAGAGCCGAUCUAAAGAAUGCUGAACGUAAGGCGAGAAAAUCAGGCCAACAUCCGUUUUGCUACCGACUUCGAGCCGAUGUCGCACCUGAAGACGAAAUCGACCAAAGCCAAAGCCGACAAACACACACUUGCACCUUACUUCGAGGCUACCCUUCUCUCCUACAGUCGCCCUCGCCGGAGCCGUCAGACGACUUGUUGUAUCGCUUGACCGAACAUGCUUCAAGCACUGCGUCUGAGCCCACACCACCUUCUGGACUCUCUUCCAGUUCAUGGGCCACUGGCGAGCGGAUUCCAACUCCGGACACGGCAGUCCCAUCACCGGUGCCUGAUGACUCCGGUCCACCAUUGAUUGCGGAGUCCUCGCAUAGCGCUUUCAUCAACAGUACUCAGAAGGUGCCCACACUCGGCCAGUAUAGAGCGACUCGGACCAGUUCGUCUACACAGAUCAUCGAAGACGACGAGAUGGAAGACGUGUCCCGUCUAUCUGUGAACGGCUUUGCGCGCAAGGCUUGGGCUGAUGGCUCAGGUGAAGAGUCCGAUUCAGUCGCAAGCUCUGCAACAAUUAACGCUCCUCCAUACCCAACAUUGUCCGCAGGAGGAUUCAACAACGAUGCCGACAUUCCUCUGACCGAGAACUUGCCAGCAAGUAUCAAGAAUACCCUGAGCUUCGCGAAUCACAACAGCCCUUCGAAUCCGCUUCCCAAUCCGUCUGCUCCAGAAAAGACCAAGUCAACAGUGCCAGCCUCGUCAACACCGUCAUCAGAGGCGGAGAAACCGGAUCACAUCACAGAUACUGUUGGUGCGAUUGCCAUAGACAGUUGGGGGCGUAUUGCCUGUGGUGCAUCAUCCGGUGGUAUCGGCAUGAAGUACCGUGGUCGUGUAGGACCCGCAGCUCUCGUCGGCGUAGGUGCAGCAGUUAUCCCGCUCGAUCCUGACGACAGCGAACAAGCUUCUGUUGCAACCGUGACCAGUGGCACAGGCGAGCACAUGGCCACGACCAUGGCAGCGACGACAUGUGCGGAGCGACUAUACCAGAGCGUGAAGAAAGAGAAAGGUGGUGAGUAUGCGGAGGUGACCGAGGAUGAAGCGCUCAGAUCGAUGAUCGAGAAUGAGUUCAUGGGUCAUGCCAGCGUCAAACACAGCAACUCGGCUGGGGCUAUUGGCGUUUUGGGUGUGAAAAAAACGCGCACUGGCAUAAUGCUCUUCUACGGCCACAACACGGACUCGUUUGCCCUUGCAUCCAUGUCAUCUGAUGAUGAUGUACCCAAGUGUACCAUGUCCCGCGGCAGCGGUAAUGGACAGAUUGCUCAAGGUGGUCGCAUCAUGUCAUACAGGGCUCGUAAAAGGACAAAGGUCAUGCCACGCCGCCGGCAAGUUGGGUAG